ACAAAAUCAGUCAAAAUGUUUUAUCCUUUUUCACUUGUAUUAGGGAGAACAUAUCGUUAUUCAGAUGAUGAUGAUAUUUUGGAUAUAAAAAAUUUAAAACACCAUGUGAUCUAUGAAGAUGAUCAUCCAAAAUUGAAAUGUUCAACAUCACAACAGGAAUUUCAAACAACAACAAAACGAAUUAUGUCAACAACAACAACAUCUAAAACGAUGGCUACAGAUAGUAAUAAUUUAGAUGGACAACAGCAACAACAACAACAACAAAAUUCAUCAUCAACAAAAAAUGAUCAGGAAAAUCUAUCAUCAUCAAACAAUGAUAAUAAUAGAAAUGAUGAUGGUAUUCAAAAUGAUCAACAACAAAAUCCAACAACAACAACAUUAGCUUCAACAGCAGCAACAUCAUCAACAACAAAUAAUGGUAUAUUAAAUGAUGUACCAGAAAAUGCUCAACUAUUAUCAAGAACAACACAACAAGUCAAAACACAGCAAGUCAAAACAAUAACCAAAGUUUAUACAACACGUGAAAUACGUCAUAUUGGACCGGAUGGUCAACCAAUUGAAUCUAAUAAUAAUAGUAAUAGUCAGGUUAUAGCAGCUACAACAUCUGUUUCACCUGGUAUCAAUAUUGAUAAUAAUAAUGAAAAUAAUAAUGAUUCAUCAACAAAUGAAUAUAGUAAUUUUCCUGGACCAAAAAUGAUUAAUAAUGGUCAAGAUCAUCAUCAUCAUGUUGUAAAUAAUCAAUCACAACAACAACAACAACAAUCGAAUAAUAAUAAUAAUAAUUUUGAUUAUAAUAAUCAAAAUAUAUACGAUCCUCAUUAUAGCAAUACGAAUUUUCAAAAAUUACUUCAACAACAACAACAACAGCAACAACAACAACAUCAUCAUCAUCAAAUGGCAUCAAGUCCUAGUCCAGGUUCUGUUUCAACUGGAACAACUGGUUCUACAGCAGCCGCACCAUUUGUUGUCAAUACAAGAGCAAUAUAUGAUCCAUAUGCACGCAAUAAUCAGAUCGGUUAUCAGGAUUAUUCAAAUUUUAGUAAUUAUCAAGAUCUAACGUCACAUCAUGAAAACCAAAAUGGUCCGAUGAAUGUUGAUCAUACAUCCGCAUCUCCUCAGCCUCCGAUUCGAAGACAUAUAGCCGAAAUGGCUGCUGGUCCACCACCGGGUGCAGUCUAUGGUUAUGUUCCAGCAGGUGCAAAUCAUAAUUCUACUAUACAGAUACCGAUAAAUGCUGCUGCUGGAGGACCGCCACAAGGUGUAAUGCAUUCACCAUCGGCAGCUAUCUACGGAAAUUUCGGUGCUGAAGAUGCUCCUCAAGGUUAUCUAGAUCGAAGACAAACCUAUGAUGAUACUACCGGUCCACCUCCUGGUUCUGUUACAUAUGGUCAAAUGAUGGAUCCUACUCGUGGACAAAUGCCACCUAUGACAGCAGCCAUGUAUGAAGAUGCUGAAUCUGCUUAUCAGCAUCUACACGCAUUACAACAAGCUGGUAUCGCUAUGGAUCCACAACAAGCAGCUGUAUUUUUUCAAAAUGGUGCUACUGUUUUAUCAUCUGGAGCUCCUGGCGGUCCAGGUGGACCUCCUAGAAUCGGUCCAAUGCCAGGUGGUGGUGGUGUUGCGCCUGGUUCCUCUGCUGUCACAGCUAUAGGUCCUGAUGGUGUACGAUGGCGUGAUCCUGAUCUACAUGAAGUGAUCGAAUUUCUAACCCAUCCGAAUAGUAUUGUUCGAGCCAAUGCUGCUGCCUAUUUACAACAUCUUUGUUUCAUGGAUGACAGUAUGAAAGCAAAGACAAGAGCAUUAGGUGGUAUACCGGCUUUGAUAAAUUUACUUGCUCAAGAUGUACCCGAAAUUCAACGAAAUGCAUGCGGAGCGCUAAGAAAUCUUAGCUAUGGUCGCCAAAAUGAUGAAAACAAAAGAGCAUUUCGUGCAGCAGGAGGCAUACCAAAUCUAGUAAGAUUGUUACGAAAAACUCCUGAUAAUGAAAUUCGUGAAUUAGUAACCAGUGUAUUAUGGAAUCUUAGUUCAUGUGAAGAUUUAAAAAGACAAAUUAUUGAUGAUGCAUUACAAGUAUUAGUGUCUACAGUAAUUAUACCGCAUUCAGGUUGGGAUCGUAAUAAUCCACAACAACAACCAUCACAAGUUCAACAACAUCAACAACCAAUCUAUUGGUCAACAGUGUUUCGAAAUGCUUCCGGUGUUGUACGGAAUGUUUCAUCGGCCGGUGAAUAUGCUCGCCGUCGUCUUCGUGAAUGUGAAGGUCUUGUUGAUUCGUUAUUAUUUUUAGUACGUGCAGCUAUUGGUAAAAAUGAUAUGGAUAAUAAAUCAGUGGAAAAUUGUGUUUGUAUAUUACGAAAUUUAAGCUAUCGUUGUCAAGAGGUUGUUGAUCCUGAUUAUGAUAAACAUCCACCAAACGCUAAUAAUAUUUCAAAUACAUCAUAUUCAUCACCAUCAUCGCAACAAACAUCAACAGCUUCACCAUCAUCAUCAACAUUAUCACCAUCUUCAUCAUCAUCAUCGAAAAAUUCUACUUCUUCAUUAAUGGGUGGAAUCAGUUCAAAAGUUGGUGAAAAUAUUAGCUGUUUUGGUGGAUCAAAAAAGAACAAAUCAAAAAAUAGUUCACAUACUAUGUCACCAUCAGUUUCAGCAUCAGGUUUAGAAUCAAAAACAGCUAAUCUUACGUUGAAUUCGAAUGGUCCAAGAAGCGGAAUGGAAUUAUUAUGGCAAACUGAUGUAGUACAACCAUAUUUGGCUUUAUUAUCCGAAUGUUCAAAUCCAGAAACUUUAGAAGCAGCUGCAGGUGCUAUUCAAAAUUUAGCUGCAUGUUAUUGGCAGCCAUCAAUCGAUAUUCGUGGUGCUGUUCGUAAAGAAAAAGGUCUUCCUAUUCUUGUUGAAUUACUUCGAAUGGAAGUUGAUCGUGUUGUUUGUGCUGUGGCCACUGCACUUCGUAAUCUAGCUAUGGAUACACGAAACAAAGAAUUGAUUGGCAAAUAUGCCCUCAAAGAUUUAGUUUCAAAAUUACCGGCUCCAUCAGCCACAGGUAUUCCAUUGGAAACUGGAACCAGUGAUGAUACUGUAGCUGCUGUUUUGGCCACACUUAAUGAAGUGAUUUCUCGUAAUCCUGAUUUUGCCAAAUCAAUGCUUGAAGCUGGCGGUAUGCAACGGUUAACAUUAAUCACUAAACAUCGGAAUCGUUUUUCCAGUCGUGUAGUUAAAUUUACUUGUCAGCUACUGUACAAUAUGUGGCAACAUACCGAAUUAAGAGAUGUUUAUCGAAAAGCUGGUUGGAAAGAAUCUCAUUUUAUUAUAUCACAACAUACAACAGCUGCUAAUCAAUCUUCACGUACAUCAACAAGAUCUGUGAAUGGGCCAAGUGGUAAUCAACAACAAAUGAUGAUGACACCAUCACAAUCUGCUAUGAUGAUACCAUCAACACCUACAACGAAUGGAGCCUUACCUGGUUCAGGAUUCUAUCAUUCAAUCAGUGCCAACAAUACAUUGAGUCGUCCAAUGUCAACUGUUGGCGGUACUAAAUAUGAAGAUCAUGGACAUUAUCGUGGUGUUGAUGGUACUGGUACAUUAUCACGAUCUGGACAACAUCAACAGCAACAAAUGAUGUCACAAAGGAUGCAUGAAGAAAUGCUUAUGUCCGAUAUGAUUGAUGGUCGUGCUGUUGCGAACGGAACUCAAACAUUAGUACGUGCACCAAUUGGUGGUGUUCCGAUAUUUCCACCCGGAACGCUACCCGGCGAACCAGUAUACGCUCAAGUGAAUCGUGAACGUAAACGUCAACAAUUACAACAACAACAACAACAACAGCAACAAUUAAAUCAUUUACAUCAAAAUUCACCAACACAAUCAAUUCCACCUUCACAGCCACCUCCUCCACCACCACCACCUAAUCAUCCUAUGAAUGGUGGUGCUGAUUCAAAUAUAAAUCAUUCACCAAAUAGUAAUGGUAGCCAAUAUCAUAAUGUUAAUAAUGUAUUAUUAGAUCCAACAACCAAUGAACCAAUUUAUCCUCCUUCAAUGCCAGCUGGUGAUUCAUGGGUCUAAUAAUUUUAUUCAUUUUUGGAAAUUGAAUGGGGACCAUUUUUAUAAUUCAAAAUAAUAAUAAGAAAAGAAAUGAUUUGUCCGUAAAAAAAAUCAUUUUCUUGUACAUAUAUCAAAAAACCAAAGAAUUUGGAUGAAAGAAACAAAUUUGUUAGUGAGAAAAAAAUAUUUGAUGAUGAUCAUUUCUUCACCAGCAACACCAAAAAUCCACUAUUAUUUCACUUCUUCACAAUAUACU